AUGGCAUCACUAUUGUCUAUGCUCUCUGUCGGACGGCUGGUGAUAGCACUUGUUGUUUUCAUCCUGUUUCGAAAGUUAUACAUUCGUUUCAACCGCUACCGACUCGCCUCCCGAACUGGUUGUCGGCCCUGUCCAACCUAUCCCCAGAAGGACCCCAUAUUCGGCAUCGACACUCAUAUAGAGACCAUUCGGGGCUUCAUAAGCAGUCAUUACCUGGAACUCCUGAUCCGGCGACACAACAAACACGGGCGUACAUUCUCCUUCAACCAAUUCGGCUCGACAACCAUAUCCACCUGCGACCCAGCCGUCUUGAAAUGCACUCUAUCGUCGCACUUCAAAGACUUCUCCAACGGAGACCUCAGGGCCAAGAGCGUCGCUCCUCUGCUGGGCCAAGGCAUCAUCGCUGCCGAUGGCGAUCAAUGGCACCAUCAACGGGCUCUGAUCCGCCCAAGCUUCACGCGUGCCCAGGUUACGGAUCUCGACAUUUUCGAGCGUCACGCCGGGCGAUUGAUUUGGGCCAUCGAGCAAAAAGGUUUCGAUGUCGACAUCCAGAACCUCGUGCAGCAGAUGGUGCUUGACGCCAACACGGAGUACCUCUUUGGCGAGAGCCUCGGCCUCCUCAGCAACAAUGUUUCCUCCUCGGCCCAGGCUCUGAACGAGGCGUUGGAUUACGCUCUCGAAGGCGUCAUCUACAGGAUUAGACUCGGCAAGCUUAUGCCUUUCCAUCGCGAUCCCAAAUUCUGGGCCGCCUGCAAGACGGUGCAUGCCUUCGCGGAUCAGUACGUCGCGCGGGCCCUGGAGCUCAGGAAGCUGCAGCAGCAUGUCAAGGGCCCAGCAGAAGCAGUUGACCAAGAGUCGAAAUUGCCUGGCAGAUACAUCUUCCUGAACGAAAUGGCCAGGGAUACCGCCGACCCGAUUCUUCUGCGCGACCAAAUCGUCACAAUCAUCAUGGCCGCCCGAGACACGACCUCGGCCACUGUUUCGUUCGCCUUGUAUAUGCUGGCGCGUCGGCCAGAUGUCUGGGCGAGGCUCAGGGAGGAUGUCUUGGACCACUACCUAUCCCCACUGACGUACGAAGCUCUCGAGGAAAUGAAGUACCUCAAGUGGGUUGUGGCAGAGACUCUCCGCCUCUUCCCACCCAUCGCGAAUAACGGCCGCAUGGCCGUCCGUGAUACUGUCUUCCCAGUCGGUGGCGGUCCGGACGGCCAGUCCCCGCUGCUUGUCACCAAGGGCACCUCGGUGCUUUUCAGCACCUACGUGAUGCAGCGCCGGACCGACCUUUGGGGUCCUGAUGCCGAGGACUUUAAACCCGAACGCUGGAGUCCGGAGUCGGAAAGAAAAGGACGCCACGGCUGGGAGUAUCUGCCGUUCCUGGGCGGCCCAAGAGUUUGCCCCGGUCAGAAAUUCGCAUUGACUCAGACGAGCCACGUGUUGGCUAGACUGGCCAAAGCAUUCGAGAGGAUCGAGAACAUGGAUCCGACGGAGUGGAGGGAGCAGUGGACGCUCAGUGUUGCCCCGAAAGAUGGUGUCAAGGUGAAGAUGGUGCCGGCGGUUUAG